AUGACGACCUUCCAUCAGAAGAUGAAAUUUUAUUCAAAAAUUUAAACCAAGACAAUCACUACGUAAGGACACCAGAAGUUAUAUUGAUCACUGAUUCAGAUAACGACGAACUGUCUACCACGGCUGUAAAUAAUAAUAAUAAUGAUUUCACAUAUAUUGUCAACAAAGAUCGUUCUCUCAGAAUUAGGCAAAAAUUCAUGGAAGAGGUUAUCAUUCCCGAAUUGGGUGUUAGGUUCAUAAUGGAAGAUCUCGGGGUUAGUGAUUACGACACUGCUGUAAAAAUCACGCGUGAGAGCGUUGAAUAUG